CCUAAUUGAUCGGUCCGUACUUUUUCUGGCCGUUCAGGUGAAGGCGGCUCCAGGGAAUGUGACUGCGUGCAACACGCACACUGUAGCCGUCUUUCACGGUUCCUUAUGUAACUUUCCCUGUGCUGAAACUGGAGCGAGCUGCACGCUCGCCUUGCUGGAAUCUAGAGUAGACCAUUUCCUCAUAUAUUUAUGUCUCAGUUCCGUUUCUUAGCCUGGUGCAGCAAAUGACGGUCCUUAACUGGUAAUAACGUAGCUUGAACAAGUAUAUUUAGGCCAUCGGAGCCAACCAAGCUUCUGAAACGCGUGUUGCAGGGUCGCCGAACCGUCAGGGGGAGACCUUAAUUCGUUCUAUCUUAUCCUUUAUUUUACACGUCGAAGAUGCGGCGUCUAGCCGGCUCGUUGCUACUAGCGACGAUAGUGCUCUUGCUGGUCGGGUUCGCCGGUCAUGCGUCGGCUCAAAAGCUAUGCCUUGACUCGACGCAACCGCAGAUUCCGAAGGACCAGCUGCAGAUCUGCGGGCAGUACAACAACGAGAGCUGCUGCACGAACCCGCGGGCCGUGGAGAUUGCGAAGAAGUUGGCGGAGCACAGCGCCGCCAUGGGCGCCAACCCCGCCGCCAAGAAUUGCCUCCGCGCGCUGGAAGCAGUGCUCUGCGCCGAGUGCGAUCCCUAUGCCACGCAGCUCUACUCCCGGGACCGCAACGGCCGCUACGCCGACGUGCCGUAUCUCUGCACAGCGCAGUCCAACCGCGACCCCGUAGAGUCGCAGCCCUUCUGCUCCACCGUCUGGGACGUCUGCGCCAUGGUCCCCAUACCCAAAAACCCCUUCGUCGCCACAAACGACCCCCGUUACAUCUCGAUUUACGACGUUUACUUAACUAAGGGCGAGUUUUGCCGCCGGUUCAUGCCCCCGAAUAAGAACCCGGGGGACGGGCCGAAGAUUUGUUAUCGGGGGUAAACCGGUGGAUUACCCGGACGAAUUGGGGGAGGAUGUUUUGCCGCCCGUGAAUGAUAUGUGUGUGGAGCAGAUUGGGUUGAGUACCAAGAACGAAAAGAGUGUGGAGAAUAGCUAUUAUGUGGCAAUGACCCCGCACCCGGACCAAUCGCGGCGCGCGUUCUUCCUCGAGCGGGCGGGCAGGUUGUUUCUUUAUGACCUGCCCGAGCCGGGGUCGUCGGACUAUCUGCCUUCUGACGGGGGUUCGACGUUUCUCGAUAUCAGCCACUUGGUGGCACAGGGCGUGGAGCAGGGGGCAGUGGGCAUUGCAUUUCACCCCGACUACCCCCGCAACGGCCGCUUCUUCGUCUCUUUCACCUGCGACUCUUCAGUCAACAGCGACUGCAAGGCCGCGGUGUGCGGCUGCUACAAGGACGUGGACUGCACCCCGGAGAAGGUCCAGGCGGCCAACCCGGAUGGGAAGUGGGGGGCAGGAGAUCUGUGCAGGAAUGUGACUGUGGUGGCGGAGUUCUCUGCAUGCAGCGACACGCUCUGCACGCCUGCGAAGAUCUCUCAGCAAUCGAGCAUCGAGCCCACAAUAGUCCGGUACAUAGUGCGGCUGGGCCAGCCGUUCAUCAACAACAACGGGGGGCAGAUCCGCUUUGGCGCGGACGGCAUGCUGUAUGUGAUGCUGGGGGAUGGCGGUGGCGAGUGGGACCCCCUGGGCCUCGCGCAGAACCCCAAGGCGUUCCAGGGGAAGGUGCUGCGGCUGGACGUUCUCAACGGAAUCAGCGAACCAGAUGACAACGAGAUUUCCAGCAGGGGUCUGCUAGGGGCGUACGGCAUCCCCCCUGACAACCCCUAUGCAUUCGCGUGGGAAUGGCGGGGGGAGGUGUUUGCGCUAGGCUUCCACGACCCCUGGAAGUGCACCUUUGACCUGCUCAGGCCGUCUGUCAUGAUGUGCGGGGAUGUGGGAUGGACCAAGUGGGAGGAGGUCGACGUGGUAACCAGUGGCGGUAACUACGGGUGGAAGUGGUUUGAGGGGCGGGAGUACGCCAAUGCCAGCGAGCAACGGCCCGUGACUAACUACAUGCAGCCGUCGUUCCAAUACGUGUGGAGAAACACCACCAGCGUGGUUGGGGGGUUCUACGAACGAGGAUAUGAGGAUGCAUGCUUAUAUGGCAGAUACAUAUUCAGCGACAGCAACAACCAGUUUUACGUUGCUACAGAAAAUCCCCCUUAUAGUGGCGCCUUCCCUCUCGGAUCACAACCCCUCAAUGUCUCCUGCUCGCCUAGCUCGCCCAUCCAAUGCCCCACCCAAGGCCUCUACCGCCCUAAUUUUGGCUCGGUAUCGGCCUGGGGGCAGGAUAUUAACGGCACGCUUUACACCCUGACCCAGCUGGGUGUUUUCCGUCUUACCCAGCCCUCCAACUGCAACUUCACGUGCAGACAAGAGUUCCCGCCCGGACCCGAUCCUCGAGUAGAUCCUGCGUCAGAUCUGACUGUUCUGACCACGUUUGGUGCGGAUACCACCCCGCCUCCCCCAGCCGGAGGGGCAGGUUCGGGAGGAGCAGGCUCGGGAACCAUGCCUCCUACCACAGGCGGCAGCAGCAGCGGUGACACCAGCAGCGGUGACACCAGCAGCAGUAGCAGCAGCAGUAGCAGUAGCAGCAGCAGCAGCAGUAGUAGCACAACAUCAGCCCACAACACGUCCUACUGGUUGAAACUGGGUGGGAUAGUCCUUGGGAUCCUCCUUUUUGUGAUUGCGAUCUGCUGCUUCUGCCUCAUUCGAGGGUACCGCGAGGGCAAGAAGAAGGACGACGCGUUCCUGGAGUUUCAGAUGGCUGAUAUGCAGCAGCCGCUGCAAGGGGAGGGGGAUGAAGACAUGUACUAUGAUGAGGAGGGGAAUUACAUCGGGCCUGAUGGGGAGGAGGAUGAGGUGUACGACCCCGAUGCAAUGGGUGCAGAUGACGACGGUACUGGGACAUACUAUAACGAGGGGGACGAGCAUGGGCAUGGGGAUGGGGAUGGGGGAACGGUGAUGGACGAUGGGGCGACGGAGUAUGGGCAGAGGAGUGUGCACAGUGGGUAUGAUGGAGGGGGUGGGUAUGCAGAGAGUGAGUUGGGGUCAGAGUACACUGGGGCUGGGCAUGGUGGGGUUUACCAGGGAGGGGGGGUGAGGGGGGAUGGGAUGUCGGAUGUUCAAUCGGAGUACACUGCGCAAGACGAUUGGACGGAUGGAGGCUCGUAUUAUGGGCGCCGCUGAGUGUAUUAUGGGUGAGGUGCACCGUUGAAUUGAGUGGUGGGGUGGGGAUGAUUGGAAAGAUGGGAUUCAGUAUGGUGUUGGUGAAUCGUGUUGGAGGGCUGGGUUGGGUUGGGUUGGGUUGGGGUGGGUGCUAGCUCUGUAACCCUGGAGGGUGUCGAUCGAUUAUUGGGUAUGGAUGGUAACGCCACCGCACCACCUGUUCAAAAACUAGGACCGCCCACUUCCUAAGGAAAGUGUGCUUUGUUUGUUGCCCCCUACUUUACCUAUCGUACUUAACAUUUUACUAUACGUGUUUCCAGUUA